CCGGAAACAGUCCUCCAGACGGAGAAAGGAACUCGAAGAUGGAAGCUGCUGUGUUUAUUCUGUCGCUUAUCGACUGUUGUGCGCUAAUUUUUUUGUCCGUAUAUUUUAUAAUCACUCUGUCUGAUCUUGAAUGUGAUUAUAUUAAUGCCCGGGCUUGCUGUUCAAAGUUAAACAAAUGGGUCAUACCCGAACUAGUUGGCCAGGCUUUGGCCACAGUAUUGAUGCUAGUCUCCAUGCACUGGUUCAUUUUCCUCCUCAAUGUACCUGUGGCUUCAUGGAAUGUUUACCGAUAUGUAAAGGUUCCAAUGGGUAACAUGGGUGUAUUUGACCCAACGGAGAUCCACAAUAGGGGCCAAUUGAAGUCCCAUAUGAAGGAGGCCAUGAUCAAACUGGGUUUUCACCUACUUUGCUUCUUCAUCUACUUGUACAGCAUGAUCCUGGCAUUGAUCAAUGAUUGAUGCGCUGCAGAUGUAAGAAUCAUAAACUGUCUGCUCUGUGCUGUGACAGAAUACACUCAGCAGUUACAGCCUGAGCUUCAUCAAGAAAACACCCUCGACCAGACAUUUCAUUCCCCAACAUAACCUUUCUCUAUUCUGAAAAAACACAAGACAUACAACCUGAAAGUUGCCCUGGAUCAAUUUGAUAGACAGGUGUUACUGUGUCUGUUGCUUGCAUAUUUGCAGAGAAGUACAGCUCUAUGUAAUUGCUUUGUUUGUGUUUGGUCUAAGUGGCUCUAAAGCCACAGCAAUGCUCACACCAUGCACUGCAUCUCAGGACUGAAACAACAUGACAAUCACACUCAUCAGAGUGACGGAUUGGCUUAUUGCUUGUGAGCAUGUCAUCUCUUGACAGGCUUGUCUUAAAUAUGCUGUCAUCUCCAAGACCCAUGUCCAUCUGUCUUUAGAAUUUUUUUAUUUUUUUAUUUUUAUUUUUUACACCAUUAGUUGCUAGAAUACUCUUUUUAUACAAUGUUUUAUUAAUAGACAUGUAAGAGUAACUCUGAAUAGGGAACUACAAUACAUGUUACAGGCUUGUCCUACAUUUGAGGUCGCUUAAUUUGCAUUAUAUGUCCUUUUGUGUUUAUGGUUCAAAGUCAGUGUUGUCUAUAACUCGUUUUCUCUAGGACUAUUACAAAGUUUUCAGUUUGGUUGAGAAUGUAGGCUACAAUGAUUACCUCUGUGCCUUCUGGUUUUCAUUUUAACGAUUGUCAGAAAUUUUGUCAAGCCAAUAUUUAUUGGCUUGAGAACCAUUGUUUAAUUGUAGUAUUGUAUAAAAGGGGCAUCUUAAAAAGUGCAGUUUGAAUGAAAAACACUAUGCUCAGGGGUAAUAAUAAACUGAGGAACUGUUGGUUUACAAGACUAAUUGGCUUUUGGUCGGUCCUUCAUGGCAGUCUACUCUGGUUUGUCCAAGACAAGCACCACUGCUUAGCUCUAGUAUUGGUCUUCAGGUAAUAGUUCCGCAUGCUUUGCAUCUCGUUCUUAUUAACCUGUAACGAGGGAUCUAUAUAAUGGGAUUUAUAUCUAAAUUAUCAAGAGUUGGUUUGAAAUUGUGGCCAUCAUAGAUGUCUAAGCAACUGAAAAUUUGCACAGUAUCACUACAUCUGAACUAGACUUAACUGUUAAUUGAUGAACCAUGAUCACUGAGGGGAGACUCAAAAUCUUUCCAAUACUUGCCUAUUUUUCCAUCUUACCUAUAUGCCCGAAAGAGUGGAGAUAAGCAUCCUCUGUAGGACGUCUGGUUCAGGUUGUUUUUCUGCAAUGCUGGAUAAGGGUGAGGUAAUCAAAUAGCCAAGAAGCCAUUAAAAUCAUGGAUGUAAGCCCUGUAGUUUUGAACUUGCCGGUCUUGUGAUGAGGUGUAACUGGGAUUGUGGCAGCCUGUUUCUACAAUGAAGUUAGCCUCUACCCACGGCCACAUAACACUGCUGGCAUAUGGCUGAAUACCCACUGCGUCCACCUGUUGUAACCCAGGUUUACAAAGAGUUCAAGAAUCCACACAUAUUGGCAAGUAUAGUCCCACUUGUUUACACAGACUUAAACUCAUUCUAGUCAGACAGUUAAAUAUAGGGAGCCCUUCCUUCAGACAAUGAAGGAAAGUAAGAUGCAAAUGUUUUUGUUUCAAGUGCAAAUGAUGGUACCUUACCAUUUUGUAGGGUGAAGUUAUUUUACUCUUUGAGUUAGCUGUUAGUUUUAAUGCUAACAUCUUUAUGUGGCAUAUAGGGUUAUUCACAGUAACCCCAAACUCUCCAUAAAAAAAUGCAUGUUUCCAAAGGGUGACAUUGCAUCCUCUUGGCUCAAAAAUUUCCACCAUGACAAUCACAUUUAAUUUAACAUCUUGUGGGAGAUGUAUAUUUUGUGGUUAAAAUAAAUAAAUAUACCAUAUGCAAAGGUACUUUACAGUAUUUACUGUGCUCCCCUUCUUAGACAGAAAUUCAUUUGAAAUGUAUAUAAAAAUAAAAAAUCUGGGGGGGGGGGGGGGACCCUCAAUGUAGGCAUUUUCCCCCCUUUGCCCAACUGGCUACACAUCUGCUAUUAAAUGUUGGGGUCACCAGUGUGAAAUGUGUAUUCAUCUAUAGUCUGACUGGAAAAGUCUAAUGUAGACAUUAAUGUAAAGUCUAUAAGUAAAGACUAAUGUACUUAUGUAAGCCCAGCACUGUGUAACUGGUAUUUGAUCAAAUUAGAUUUGUUUCAUUGUUUCAAGUGUCAGAAGUAUGUUAUAGGAUAAAGAUCAGUGACAGAACUUAUAGCAUUACUUAGACCUUUCAGCCACCCCUUAAAAAGACGAGUUCAAACAUUCUAAAUUUUUACAGUGGAGUUAGUAGUAAUCAAAACCCUCAAAAACUAGGUAUUGGCAAAUAUAGCUGGUAGCAUUGGGAGAGGUUGAAGGGCAGUAAUUUUAUACAUUAUUUAUAAGGUCAUUUUCUUCUGUCUUCCAAAUGUGUUGGGAAAUCUUAUGAUCAGACAUUCAUUUAUGGGGUAGCAAACAUCUUGAAGUGUAUUAGACAAGAAAGAAUCCAGAGGAAUUUUACAGAUGUAUCAAUAAAGUCAAAAAAUUCUCAA